AUGCCGGGUUGCCGGAUUAUUUCCUGCGCAUCGCUGAAUGCCACCCAAUUUGUGACAAAUGAAACAACUUGUGACGUCUCUUCUCAGACGGGUUUCUUCAUUCCCAGGAUAGCCUUGUCUUUUGGCGGUGGAAGAAAUGGGAAAACGAAGCUGCGUUUUGUAUACCUUUUACUGCCAGACAAUGGCCUUGAAAACUCAGCCUUGGACAAAAAAAAAAAAACCGUCUCGGAUACAUUUUACAUUUUUGCCUUCGCCUUUUUGUGUCGAGCUCCUUGCGAAACAUGUGGCAGACACACCCUGGUGACGACUUACAACCCGACCUUCUCACUCCAUCCUUGGGCUUCUACUCCCCCGCAAUUUCUAUGA